AUGGAAUCCCAGGUGCGCCAGAACUUCCACCGCGACUGCGAGGCUGCCAUCAACCGCAUGGUGAACAUGGAGCUGUAUGCCUCCUACACCUACCUCUCCAUGGCCUUCUACUUUGACCGUGAUGAUGUCGCCCUUCACCAUGUGGCCAAGUUUUACAAGGAACAAAGUCACGAAGAGAGGGAGCAUGCUGAGAAAUUGAUGAAGUAUCAAAACAAACGUGGGGGUCGCAUUGUCUUGCAGGAUGUCAAGAAACCAGAGCGUGAUGAGUGGGGUAACACCCUGGAGGCCAUGCAGGCUGCUCUGCAGCUGGAAAAGACCGUGAACCAGGCUCUUCUGGAUCUGCACAAAGUGGCAUCUGACAAGGUCGACCCCCAUCUGUGUGACUUCCUUGAGUCUGAAUACCUGGAGGAACAGGUGAAGGCUAUUAAGCAGCUUGGAGAUUACAUCACCAACCUGAAGCGCCUUGGGGUGCCCCAGAACGGCAUGGGCGAGUACCUGUUUGACAAGCAUACCAUGGGGGAGAAAGCAGCU